AUGGCUUCAGGUGCAGCCGCUCUCACUCUGAGGCUGGCCGCCGUCGCUGCUACCCUCGCCCUGCUGGUCAUACCCUCCUUGGCACGCUGUCCGUCCCUUGGUCCGGCACCACCACCACCAGCGCAGGCGCCACCACCACCACCAGCGCAGGCGCCACCGCCACCGCCCGAGGCGAUGCCACCACCACCACCGGUGCAGGCGCCGCCACCAACACUAGAGGCGAUACCACCACCACCACCGGCACAGGCGCCACCGCCACCACCUGAGGCGACACCACCACCACCACCGGAGGCGAUACCGCCAGCGCCCGUGCCGGAUCCACCUCGGCCAUGCAAUAUCUGUAGCAGAGAGUGCUACCCGGCGUGCACAGCGGCCAAAGCCGCUCUGCCAGAUUCCAAGGCCUGCGACGAGAAAUGCCGCAACGAGAAGAGCCGCUGCGACCAGUGCACGAUCCCGAAGAUCGAGGAGUGCACGGCCAAGUGCAACGGCAGCUGUGACUGCCACACGGAAGUCUACAAGUCAUGCAGCGACGACUGCCUCUUCCCAGAAUGCAGCCCCUGCAUGACCAUGCGUCAAUUUCAACAAAAGGAUUGCAGGCACCAGUGCAACCUCGACUACUGCAACGGCAAUAAGUGCUGGUGA